AGCAAAACAAAACAGCACCAUUGUUGCGUUGAAAACCACACGAAUCACUUCUCAAUCUGCGCUGUCCACCCUUUGGUCUGUUGUGUGUUCGGAAAGCGGAAAAGAAAUAAGAGGUGAAAGCAAACGAAACAGAAAACAUCAUCCUACUCAUCAAGCCCAGCAGCACCCUCGGAGAAAGUUGAACGAAUUUUUCGGUGACGAAACACUGGAAUAUCCGCGUGAACCAGACCAAUCGACACACUGUCCGCCAGGGUUGGUGAAUGUCACUGUUUAGGCCAGCGAACGUUUAACGGUUUAGUAGUGUGCCUACCGAAAAGUUUUCUCCACACCACUUACACAACGGCAAGCGGGCGGCCGGCACAACACCACCUUGGAAAGCGGCGUCACUCCGCUGCCAACAACGAUUCCGAUCGGCGUUUAGUUUAUUCAUCGUUUACACCUCGGCGCGACGGACGUGUUCUUUGUUCAGGUUCCGCGUUCGGUCCGGUCAUUUAUUCCCAACCAACAAGGAGAAUCUUUCGCGGCAUUGCUAGUGCGUUCCGUUCCGGCUACCUACGUGGUGACGGUAGUGUGAAAGUUACCAGUGGAGCGUUCAUUAGAAUCCGACGUGCUUUCGCCGUGUGUGUUAAUUUGCAUAGCAACUUCUGGUGCCCUCCGUUGAGGUGCUAAAAGUCGGUAGCGGCCACCAAUCGAAGCACCAAAAUGGUCACCGUUUCCGGCGUUCUUGGGAGCACCAGUGCGGUUCUGGUGUCGCUGUUCAUACUGCGAAAGGUGGUGCCGUGGGUCUAUCAGAACCUCAUCGGUCCGAAGGUGUUCGGUUGCCGUAUCAAUCUGAAAAAGCUUGGCGAAUGGGCAUUAAUCACCGGUGCCACCGACGGCAUAGGAAAAGCGUAUGCUCAAGCGCUCGCCAAAAAGGGCCUCAACGUGAUUCUGGUGAGUCGAACGCUCUCGAAGCUGGAAGAUGUUGCAAAAGAGAUAGAAACGGAAUACAAGGUGCGAACGAUGGUGAUCGAUGCCGACUUUACGGGGGGUGCCGAAAUUUACGAAAAGAUCCGGGCUCGGAUCGAGAACCUAGAUAUCGGUGUGCUGGUUAACAAUGUCGGAAUGAGCUACGCUAAUCCCGAGUAUCUCCUUGAGCUUCCGGAUAGCGAGAAGCUGAUCAAUAACUUGCUCAACUGUAAUGUUCUCUCGGUAACGCGUAUGUGUCAGCUUGUGAUGCCCGGAAUGGUAGCACGGCACGCCGGGGUGGUUAUCAACAUUUCCUCCCUUUCGGCCGUCAUACCUGCACCGCUUCUAACCAUCUAUUCCGCCUCGAAGGCGUACAUGGACAAGCUGAGUGAAGAUUUGGCCUCAGAGUAUGCGAAACAUAACAUCGUGGUCCAGUCCGUGCUUCCGGGACCGGUAGCAACCAACAUGUCGAAGAUCCGCAAGAGCACCUGGAUGGCCUGUUCACCGAAAGUGUUUGUAGCAAACGCUAUCAACACCCUGGGUCAUACGCGUCAAACUACGGGAUACUUUCCGCACGCCCUUCUCGAGCUGGCCAUCAAUAUGUUGCGUUUCAUUUCGCCGCGCUUGAUGGAAAAGAUAACACUAAAUACGAUGCAAAACAUUCGGGCUCGAGCGAUGAAGAAAUCUUCCGCCACAACGGCGUCGCGAACUGGUGGCGAAGCCGCGGAAUUAACGAAGCCUGCUGGAUCUUCAUAAAUUAAUUAGUUGUCUACGAAGCGAUAAAGUGUUAUUUUGAUCGAUCAAAAGUUUGAUUGCAAAGCUACGGUU